UCUGAAUUGAGAUCCAAGUUCGAUUCCAAAAACGUACACUUUAAGAGUAUAUUACCGUUAAUAUCGUCAAAUAAGCCAUGACUUCCCACAAGAGCACAAGAGAGGUUUUACUGACUUGCAUUGAUGACAUCGAAAUCAUCGCCAAGGAGCUUUUGGACAAUUUAAUAGCGCAAAAGCAGCAGAAACCCAUGAGUGCUGAACACUCGCAACUUGUAGAAUUAGUGCUCCAGAAAGACACAGAUCUGAAAACAACAUUAAAGCUGGCAGAAGAACAAGGUGUGUUGCAACAAAAAGUGGUUGCUUUGGAGACAGAGGUUGAAAGGCAUGAUAUUGAGAUUCGAAAUCUUCAAAAGCAGCUGAAAGAGGCGGAGCAGUUACUGGCAACUGCAAUAUUUCAGGCCAAACAAAAGCUUCAAGCCAUUGCUAAGGCAAACAGCAGACCGGUAAAUUCGGAGGAGUUGAUCAAAUUCGCGCACAGAAUAUCGGCAUCCAACGCUGUAUGUGCUCCACUAAAUUGGCAACAGGGGGAUUUACGCAGGCCAUAUCCAACAGAUAUUGAAAUGCGGCUUGGGUUUUUGGGUCGCCUCGGCGAGAUGAAUGUCAACGGACAUAUGAGUUUCCCUGAGCUAUUGCACCGCCCCAAUCAUUCCAUGCAGCAGGGAUCUUCCGUUCCCAACUCUCAAGCAGGCACCUACAGUUGGUUGUCUCAAAAUGACCUACAGAUGCCUGGUUUGUCUGUCUCACACCUGGGCGUGGGAGGUGGAAUGGAUCAUAAAACUCCCAAAAAGGAAAAUGAAGACGUGGACGUGAUGUCCACAGACUCAAGUAGCAGUUCUUCUUCGGAUUCCCAAUAAAAGAACUGAGAGAAGAACAAAAUUUUGCGCCGCGCAAAAUUAUUUAUAAUUCAUGGUCUCGCAAUUGUGUUACCAAACAGUUCAGUUUGGUUGUUACAUCUUUGUUCUUCGUAACAGAUUAAAUCCAUUUCAACCUUUAUCAAAACAAAGCCGUGGAAUAGACCGCCAGUA